UUCAGCUGUCUGGAACACUUGUCUGUAAAAGGUUUGUCGGAGAUAUAAGAAACAUUUCUUCCAUCUACAUCACAUACAUAGAUCCUGUAGUAUGCGGAACAGCUGACAGACCAGCUCAUACCCACCCACCCACCAGCAGUUUGAGCAUUUUCUACAUCCACCUGUAAAAUGGAAGUGGAUUUCCAAAAACUCCUGCUCGAUGUGGACAAAGCCCUGUCUAGUCGUGAGAUAAAAGCUUUAGGAUUUCUCUGCACUGACCUCCUGAACCGAGACAUGACCUCGGUGGAGUCAGCCAGUAAACUCUUCAAACAUCUAAUGGACCACGAUCUCCUGUCACCUGAAGAACCACAGCUGCUGAUGGAGCUUCUCCUCACAAUCCAGCAUCAACGUCUGCUUCGCAACCUCAGCCUGGCCGAUAAGGCCUGUUCAACAAAAAGCCUCAUCGCUCCUUACAGGAAGCUGCUCUACACCCUGUCCGAGGAGAUUACUACGAAAAUGUUGAGCGAUAUAAAGUUCAUGUUGAACAAUGAACUCCCACGUAGAAAGCUGGAAGACAAUGUUACUGCUCUGGAAGUCUUCCGGGAGCUGGAGCGCAUGGACCUCAUUAAUGAAGCUAACCUAAAUAAACUGGAGGACAUUUUCAAAAUAGUGUGUCCUGUGCUAAAUGAGAAAAUCAAGAAUUUUAUGGCACAGCAGGCUCAAGAAAAGAAUCAUGCAACAUCUUCAUCUGAUCCUUUUAAUUUAAACCAGGUUUCAAAAUCCUUACCGGGGACUGGUGUACAAGUCAAAAAAGAGAGGAAUGAUGUUGAGGAAAGAGUGCCGUCUCAAGAAAGCACAACGUCCUCCGUGACUGAGAUAAAGACUCAGGGUUUAGAGGCAUAUCCCAUGACUGCCGCAAAGAGAGGUGUCUGUAUGAUAGUUAACAACUAUAUCUUCACCAGUCUUGCUAAACGUGAGGGAACCAAGGUUGAUCAAAAAAGUCUGGAAAAAGUGUUUAAAUGGCUGGGCUUUAAAGUUGAGUUACACAACGACUGUGACAGAAAGAAGAUGCUGUCUGUGUUUCAUGAGCUCAGCAGAAGAGACCACAGUCAGAUGGACUGUCUGGUAUGUUUUGUUCUCAGCCAUGGCCAGGAAGGGGGUGUGCACGGAGUGGAUGGCCUCAUUGUCAGGCUCGAGGAGCUGAUGGACCCCUUUGUUGGAUUAAAGUGCCCCUCUUUAGUAGAGAAGCCAAAGCUGUUUUUCAUCCAGGCCUGUCAGGGCAACAACACGCAGAAACCGGUAGAAGCUGACGGCCCUGAACUCAGCAACAUCUGUUGUGACGCUAAAGCAGAUAAAAAGUCUAUCCCAUCUGAUGCAGACUUCCUGCUGGGAAUGGCCACCGUUCCUUCAUGUGUCUCCUUCAGAGAAAGGAGCAAUGGCACCUGGUACAUCCAGUCAUUGUGCAAGAACCUUGUCCAGUUGGUGCCCAGUGGGUGUGAUCUUGUGUCCAUCCUGACAAAAGUGAAUGCAGAUGUAAGCAGGAAGACUCACCCCACUGGUGAGAAAAAGCAGAUGCCUCAACCAACCUUCACACUCCGCAAGAACGUGGUCUUCCCAAUUCCCAAAACACCUGCUCCGAGUCUGCGCUGAGAAAAAAAGCACCUAUGUCAUGGACUUGCAACAACAAUGUUCUGAUCCUACAUUCACAGUUUACAUUUUCUGCUGUCUUUACAGGGACUGAAUGAGUUUUAAAGUACUUUGUAGCAUUUAGACACUGUUUUGGUCAUAACUGAUUGCAAAAAUAUGUCAUAUUUUUAUUUUUUUUUUCAGCAAAGAUAUAAUCCUAUAUAAUUAAGUAUUUUCGGGGGUUUUAAUGAAUGAAUGGAAUACA